AUGGAGCACCAAAUCGCCGAGUAUCACCCGGGAAAAAGACCAGCUCCCCGAGGAACUGCCUUUUACCCCAGGAAGCGGGCAAACACAGCGUGUCAGGUGUGCCGAGCCCGCAAGACCAAAUGCGACAACGCAAAACCAAGCUGCUCAUACUGCGUCAAGGUUGGGACCACAUGUAUACAGUCACCAGUGGACCUGUCGAGCUUUGACCCCGCGAGUCUGAAGAUAUUGCAGCGAUUGGAUGAUAUAGAACAACUACUUGUUUCUUCGACUGCAGCACUCGACUUAAGCGACAAAGCCGAAGAUAUUCCAACAUUGUGUCAGCCGCGUAGUAAUGCUACAGGCGCCAAUACGGGAAAGUUGGUUCUUUAUGGAAAUGUCCUCCCGGAUCGAACCGAGUCUGUCCUGCGAUGGCCCAUCUUUAUGCGUGAACCAUCUGGGCCAUCGUCUCAAGUCCUCCGAAAUGUCGUCCCCGACACCAUUGCGGCUCCCUCUCACAGUGGAUGCUCCUUGGCCGCACUCUUGGAGAUGGAGCCCCAAGGCAUCAACGCGAUUCUGGACAACUUCUUCUUUUACGUGCACUGCAAGAACCCCAUCCUGGAUGAAAUUGCUACGCGGCGACUGGUGAACGAUGCUUUCCUCGAUGGCUUGGACUGGUCUCCUUCAUCAUGUCUGGCCAUGGUCAUCUGUGCUCUAGGGUCCAUCGCUACUCCUUUUGGUUCCAGCCAGGACACUAAGCCCGGAAGCGAAGCCUACCACAACUCACAGGUUUUCUUCCAGGCCGCACAAAAGCGGAUCGGGUCACUUCUCGUCCGGUCGGAUAUAAUCGGAGCACAGUGCCUCUUCCUCUCCGGGGUAUACAUGGUAUGCGUCUUCCAGCAAUUCUACGCCUGGAGAUUCUUUUCGCAGGCUCUGGCAGCGUGCCAGCGCUUGCCCUUUCUCGCUCAUGCCCAGGAACUAGCAUCUGAGUUGGAUAUUUCCAGUAGUCCAGGCUCUCCAGAUACCUACGAGCAAGCUGUCUACUGGUCCGCUUGGAAGUCAGAGCGAGAGCUGAGCAUGGAGCUUUCUCUCCCGGACUUCAACAUUGCGCAUACUGGAAGCGCUCUAUACCCACACUUUUUUCCGAACCCCCCACAACCGCUCGGCUCUCCAAAGAACCAAGGUGCGCAGCGGCAACGCGCGUCUUGGCUAUUUUAUCUUGCUGAAAUAUACCUGCGGCGACUGAGUAGUAGUAUAGCAGAGGAAAUUACGGCCCUUCAUCAGAUUCAUGCGUCACCAGCCACUUUUAUAAAGGCCCUUGGGCCCAUGGUUGCCGAAUACGAGACGCAAAUACAAGCCUGGUCUGAAAGUCUCCCCGCUGAAUUGUCCGCUACUGCACCACCCCAGGAGGAUGAAGUGUGUCGUUUUGUUCUGCGGGGCCAUCUUAUCGAUAUGUAUGAGCUUAUUUACUGGCCGUGGGUGAUGGCAUAUAUUGGAACCACGUUUUCGCAGGGGACGCCAGACCCGGAGAUUGAAGAAAAGGGACAAAAAGGGCUGCAACUUCAUAUACAGCGAAUAUACGUAAAUGAGCCGGGCUUCCUACAUCGUCAUCACGGAACCGUGCCAUUAAUUCGAACCUGUACGCGAAGUGCAUUUGUCCUGGUGGCGGGGGGCCUGGCAGGGUGCGAGUUGCCAUCUGGCUGGCAGGAGGCAAUAUCCAAAACAAUGGGGCUCCUUACGAUCUGGCAAAAUGAGAUGGCCGAGGCAGGACAUUGGGUGCAGCUGUUGCAAAGAGAAUACGGACGAUUGUCCGGGUCUUAUCAAGGCUUAAAUUUAGCCUGA